AUGUUCUUGGUGUUCUUCGAUUUAGGGGGGAAAAAACUCGCAGCAAUGGGGAGAUUGUUCAUAGAGGAUGCGAAGGGAGAGAAGGUGCUCAUUUGCAGGGGCUGCAGGGUCGAUUCCGCUUCCUACGAUGACAUCGAGUCCAAGGAGUUUCAGGGUCGCUAUGGCCGCGCUUAUCUCUUCAGGAAAGUGGUCAACAUAGUAAUUGGAUCCAGCGAAGAGCGAAUUCUUUCAAGUGGAUUCCAUGUUGUUAAUGACAUCUACUGCAGCUCUUGCAUGCAGCUAGUUGGUUGGAGAUAUGAGAGAGCUGAGGAGGAGAGCCAGAAGUACAAAGAAGGAAUGUUCAUCCUGGAAAAGGAGCGGAUGGAGAAAAAGGGCGGAUGA